AUGGCUACGGCAACAUUAACGCAAUCUGAACCUAAGUCACUCAUUCGCCCAACACAUUGGUCAAAAGAAGUUGAAAAUGCUUAUCGUUUUCAAUUAGCCGGUUAUCGAGAUGAAAUGGAAUAUAAACGAGUUCGACAAGUGGUCGCGAUUGAUACAUGGCCAGAUAGUGGUUUUGUUAAAAAAUUACAACGACGAAAAGAUGGAUUUUUUUAUUAUUUUGAUAAACUUCGUGAAUGUCCGGAUAAAGAAGUACAUAAAUGAACUAUAUCAUCAUAUAGUAUGUGGUCGACAUCAAGUAAACCAAGUAUGGCAACAACUUAUAUGGAUGGAGCUACGAUUCAAGAACGUCAUGAUCGUUUAUAUCGAAUGAGAGACUCAUUUCCUAAAGGAAAAGGUCGACCCAAAUCAUUUAAUGUAGCCGAAAAGAAAUUGAAUGUAUGUAAUACAUAUAUCGCUUUAUUACCAACAGAAUCACCGGAAAAAUCUCGAUCGGUUGCAUCAUCCGCUAAAACGAGAACAACAGAAACUGAUUUAUCGUAUAAAAAUGCUGAUAUUCGAAAUAAACGUUUAUUAAGUGCAGCUAUAGUUGAUGAUAAAAAUGAACCAAAAUAUUAUACUUCCUAUACAACACCACAUACAAAUAAUGCUUGGAUACGACGACAUAAAUCUAUGAAUGAAUCUUAUUUAUUAAGUAAUUUAUUACGUGAUCAUACAUAUAGAGAAAAACUUUUACUUAAAAAAUGUUCAUAUCAACAAUUACUUGGAUAUCCAUCAUCAUCCGCAACUUCUUCAUUAAUUAAAUUUAAACAAAAUAAUUCAACAACAACAGAAACAGUUGAGUCUACUGGGACUCAGUCUCAAACACAGAUUAAUGAUGAUACUUAUGUUGCAGACGAAGAAGGAGGAGGAGGAGAAGAAGAAGAAGAAUUGGAUAUGACUGGACGUAUUGUAGCUGAUAAUUAUCGAAUACAAACGAAAUUAGGUGCAGGAUCGUUUGGACAAGUUUAUCUAUGUGAACAUAUUCAUUCUCAUGAACAAUGGGCAAUGAAAAUUGAAUUACAUAAUAUGAAUAAUAAUCCUCAAUUAUUAAUUGAACAUAAAAUCUAUACAAUACUUGAAAAUUCGAAAGGCUUUCCUAAAGUUGAUUAUUAUGGUAGUGAAGGAACAUUUGAUAUUCUUGUUAUUGAAUUAUUAGGUCCUUCAUUAGAAGAUUUAUUUAAUUAUUGUAAUAGAAAAUUUACAUUAAAAACAGCUUUAAUGCUUGUUGAUCAAAUGAUUUCGAGAAUUGAAUAUGUUCAUACAUGUCAUCUUAUUCAUCGAGAUAUUAAACCGGAUAAUUUUUUAAUGGGUAUUAAAUCGACGGGUAAUAUUGUUUAUAUAAUUGAUUUUGGUCUUUCAAAACGGUAUAGAGAUCCAGAAUCACUUGUACAUAUACCUUGGAAAAGCAAUAAAAGUCUUACAGGUACUGCUCGAUAUGCAUCAAUUAAUGCACAUAAAGGUACAGAACAAUCACGACGUGAUGAUUUAGAAGCUAUAAGUUAUGUAUUCAUGUAUUUUAUAAUGGGUACAUUACCAUGGCAAGGUUUACAAGCAACAGCAAAAAAAGCUAAAUUUGAACGUAUUGCAGAGAUGAAAAUGAAAAUAACACCUGAACAACUAUGUAGAAAUUAUCCAAAAGAAUGUGUUUUAUUUCUUAAAUAUUGUCGUACACUUGCAUAUGAUAAUCGACCAGAUUAUGAUUAUCUAAGACAUUUAUUUCGUUAUUUACUCUAUCAAAAAGGUGAACAAUAUGAUUAUGAAUAUGAUUGGAUUAUUUCACAUAGACAGAAACAAUUAUCUCCGAUGAAUAAAAUGAAUUAUAAUGAAGGUGAAACUUCUGUUGUAUCCAAUCAAUAA